GCAACUCCACACUGAGUGUGGAGCUCUCCUAUAACUAGAUGUUUCACGUAGUAGAGACACCCAGAUGAAAGUGGAGCACAAAGUAGGGCAUUUGCUUUCUUACUGCUGCUUCUUUUCUUCGUUCAAUCAACAUUAUGACAGAUGAGGCAGAGUCAGGACUACAGCCACCUUUAACCUCUGACUUCAAGCAGGAACCACAUUUUCUACGAGAUGUCAUCUUCCACGGCAAGUUUAAGGCUCUAACUCCAGAGGAGAAUGCCAGUUGCCAGCAUGGGCUCUUCCUCCAGGAUGGUCAGAAGCGUGUUGACUACAUUCUCACCUAUCCGGUUAGGGAGCCAAGCGAAGGACGCUGCAGCCAACGGUCAGAGCAACGACUCACUGAAAGUACUGUAACCCACAGUGCAUGCCACAGCCCACAGAUCCAAGGUGGAGAUCUUCAGCUGCACCAGCUCCAAAGGAGAGAUGCCUCAUCAGCAGUGGCUUAUGUGGAAAUGGGCUGUGUGGAAGAAAACAACAACAGUCAAGAAGAUCACAGAUCAUUAAAGAGAGAAGAAUUUGAAGAAAAACUGAGAAAAAUGGGGCUGGAAAUAGAGAAAGACGAAAAGGCCUUGGUUCCUGGUGUGGGGUUUGUGAAGAUUCAUGCUCCCUGGAAUGUUCUGUGUCGAGAAGCCGAACUCAUGAAGCUAAAGAUGCCCACAAAGAAAGUCUAUGAAGUCAAACAAUCAACCGGUGUUGUAAAAACAAUCAGCUCCUUGGUCAAUAAAGCUCUGGAGCUGCUUCAUCCUCAUGUUGAUGAACAUCAACAAACAAGCAUCAAACACCUGUCACACACUUUCUCCAGGGACAAGCAGCACCUGUUUGACCUCUCGGACAAAGACAACUUCUUCGACAGCAAAACCAGGAGUUCCAUAGUGUUUGAAAUACUAAAAAGGACUAAAUGCAAGGCUGACAGUGCAGGACUCAGUGAUCUCCUUAGUAGCUGUGUUUAUAUAGCAGCUUACCCACUUCAUGAUGGUGGUAUUAAUGAAGAAAGUGCAGAGCCUAAUGACAGAAAGCUCCUGUAUGAAGAGUGGGCAAACUACAGUGUCUUCUACAAGUACCAGCCAAUCGGACUUGUUCGAAAGUAUUUUGGUGAGAAGAUUGGUCUUUACUUUGCUUGGUUGGGUCUGUACACCCAGAUGCUCAUCCUAGCAUCUCUAGUCGGAGUCAUUGUUUUUCUGUAUGGAUGUGCAACAGUCAAUGACAAUAUACCAAGCAUGGAGAUCUGCCAUCCAAAGAACAACAUCACAAUGUGCCCUCUGUGUGACAGAGUGUGUAGCUACUGGAAACUUAGUACAUCCUGUGGAACUGCCCGUGCCAGUUACCUGUUUGACAACCCUGCCACUGUUUUCUUCUCUAUAUUCAUGGCUUUGUGGGCCGCCAUGUUCAUGGAGCACUGGAAGAGAAAGCAGAUGCAGUUGAACUAUGAAUGGGACCUCACAGGGUUGGAAGAUAAGGAGAUUGAAGAGACCUCAGGUAGACAUCGACUUCCUGCCUACGUGACCAAUGUUGUCAUGAUGCUGUUAAUGAUUGGUGUCACAUUUGCCGUUGUGUUUGGUGUGAUCCUUUACCGAAUCUCCACUCAAGCUGCUCUUUACAUGAGCUCUAGUCCAACAUCAAGAAGCCACAUUCAACUGACAGUUAAAACCACAGCAGCCAUCAUCAACCUGGUAAUCAUCCUCAUUCUGGAUGAGGUGUAUGGCGCUGUGGCCCGAUGGCUCACUGUACUCGAGGCACCAAAAAAUGAACAGAGUUUUGAGGAAAAGCUCAUCUUUAAGACCUUCAUUCUGAAGUUUGUCAAUGCUUUUACACCAAUUUUCUACACUGCUUUCAUCAGAGGAAGACUGGUGGGGAGACCAGGACAGUACCUGUAUGUGUUUGAGUCAUACCGAGCAGAAGAGUGUGCUCAUGGAGCCUGUCUAAUGGAGCUGUGUAUCCAGCUGAGCAUCAUUAUGUUGGGAAAGCAACUCAUUCAGAACAACCUUUUUGAGAUUGGAAUUCCCAAGUUUAAGAAGCUGAUUCGCUAUCUUCGCUCAAAGCAAGGAUCUUUUAUUGAAGAGGAGAGGAAGAAGAAGCUGCACAGAUACGAAAGCGAUCACUUCCUGGAACCAUUUGCUGGAUUAGUGCCAGAAUAUAUGGAAAUGAUCAUCCAGUUUGGUUUUGUCACGUUGUUUGUGGCAUCCUUCCCACUCGCUCCACUCUUCGCGCUGCUCAACAACAUCAUUGAAAUUCGGCUUGAUGCUAAGAAAUUUGUGACAGAGCUGCGCCGGCCAGUGGCCACACGAGCCAAGGACAUAGGUAUAUGGUACAGCAUACUGAGAGGAGUGGCAUUAGUCGCUGUCAUCAUCAAUGCAUUUGUCAUCUCCUUCACUUCAGACUUCAUCCCCAGAAUGGUCUACCAGUAUAUGUACAGUCCUGAUGGCUCCUUGCAUGGAUUUGUCAACCACACACUGUCCUACUUUAAUGUCAGUCAUUUCGAGCAUGGCAAAGAAACCAUGGAUCCGUUACAUCUUGGGUAUCCUGUUGAAGUUUGCAGGUAUAAAGACUACAGAGAACCUCCUUGGUCUCCCUCACCGUAUGAAAUCUCCAAGGAGUUCUGGGCGGUGCUGGCUGUGCGACUGGCCUUUGUUAUUGUUUUUCAGAACGUUGUGUUGCUGAUGAAUGAGGUUGUUGACUGGCUAAUCCCAGACAUCCCCAAAGACAUCAGUCUGCAGAUUCACAAAGAGAACACUCUCCUGGUCGACCUGGUGAUGAAAGAAGACCGAGACAAGACCAGAGUGCCUGAGAGGGGGGCUUCAUCCGGCACCAAGAAGACCUACAGGAACAACAACAAUUGAAAACUUGCUGACAUCAACAAAAACAAAUUAUUCAGUCAUGUCUGCAACAUUCCAGCCACUGACAGAGCAGCUGGGUUAUGGGGUGUGACAGCAGCUAACUGUGCUUAAAGGGAAGUUGCCAGUGUCAAAAACUACUCAAGUAACAGUUACUUUUUUCUUUUCUUUUCUUUUUUUACAAAUUUACAAGUCAAAUUUUCUAGUAACGUGAACCGUGUCCACACUCAACACGUGAGAGUGUAAACUGUAUGCAUCUGUUGACUAACCACCAUGCUGCUGGUAAUAAAACGUAGAAUUUCCUGUUCCUAUGG